AUGAGAGCCGUACGUCCUGCAAAAAAAAUGAUGGAACAGAGUGCUCGAGGGAAAAGAGUUGUGUGUCUUGUCACGUUACUUCGGUCCGUUAUACAGAUGUCUACCAUUACCAUAUCCGAUGUUAAGGAAAUUAACUAUUUCUCCUGUGAAUCAUCAGACAGAUUCUGGGUGAGUGGUGAAACUGAACUUCUAAAUGUGGAUUCCAGAGGGAAUGUUCUAAGACGUCCUAAGGUUGGAUUCAGUGGAAUUUCCACUAACACCGAUGGAGAGCUAUUGUUUUCAGACACAAUUGGUGUUAAAAAAUUAGAGUCAAAUGGAAUCAUCACCACACUUUUCGCAAUAGACGAGAGUAUAUGGUGUAUCCACUCCUCCCGCAUCAACGGCGACAUACUGUUAGGGUUACGUAAUACUACAUUACGUACCAGUAAAGUAACUAGGUACGACGUGACGGGACAGAAGAUCCUGGAUAUUGAGGAGGACAAUCAAGGAGUGAAGCUAUAUGCAAUUACCAAACUACAUCACAGAGAACAAGAACGGGGAUAUCUGGGUAUCUGUACCGAUAUCCUCAGAAAUGUACUGGUGUGUAAUUCCUCUUUCUCCGAUCCCGGUGUUCAUCUCCUGGAUCAGGACGGUCAGUUCCUGUCUAUGCUGCUGACUAAAGAACAUAAUGUACAAUUUCCCAAAGCUGUGUGUGUGGACGACAAACACAACCUCUAUUUGGGACAGUAUGGCAGUAACAUAAUCACAGUGUACAAAUAUCUUCAGGUCUCAGAAAAUUAA